GAAAUAGAAAAGAAAAAAAUCCAAUUUUUUCGAAUGUCAUUUUUUUUCGAUAAAUUCGAUUUGAACGUCAGCUGGAUCGCGAUCGAUACGAAAAACGAGUGAAAAAAAACCGAUAAAAGAAAAGAUUCGUUGAUUGAAUGAUUGAUUUGGAUUUUUUUGUAAGUUGAAGAAAAAUAAAAUUUAAAAAAAAACGAUGGCAAACAUAGCAUCAAUAAUAGCAAUGAUAAUAUUGAUCAUAUCAAUGGCAUUAUAUCAUUCUGUACAUAAAAUAGAUGAAGGUCAUACAGGUGUUUAUUAUCGUGGUGGUGCCUUAUUAAAAGAAACAUCUAGUCCGGGUUUUCAUUUAAUGAUACCAUUUAUAACAACAUAUCGUUCAAUACAGGUUACAUUACAAACGGAUGAAGUAAAAAAUGUACCAUGCGGUACAUCAGGUGGUGUUAUGAUAUAUUUUGAUCGUAUUGAAGUUGUUAAUAUAUUACAUCCAUCAGCUGUAUCGGAUAUUGUUCGUAAUUAUACUGCCGAUUAUGAUAAAGCAUUAAUAUUUAAUAAAAUUCAUCAUGAAUUAAAUCAAUUCUGUUCAAGUCAUUCAUUACAAGAAGUUUAUAUUGAUCUUUUUGAUCAAAUUGAUGAAAAUUUACGUACGGCAAUACAAAAAGAUUUAAAUGAAUUUGCACCCGGUCUUACUGUACAAGCUGUACGUGUAACAAAACCAAAAAUACCCGAAGCAAUAAGAAAAAAUUAUGAAAUAAUGGAAGCCGAAAAAACUAAACUAAUGAUAUCGAUACAUCGACAAAAAGUUAUUGAAAAAGAUGCCGAAACUGAACGAAAAAAAGCUAUUAUUGAAGCGGAAAAAAAUAGUCAAGUUGCACAGAUUAUAAAUGAACAAAAAGUUAAUGAAAAAGAAUCGAUGAAAAAAAUGUCAAUAAUUGAAGAUGAAAUGCAAUUUAAUCGACAAAAAAUGCAUGCUGAAGCAGAAUUUUUUACAAAAGCAAAAUUAGCUGAAGCAAAUUCCAUAUUAUUAACACCAGAAUAUUUAGAAUUGAAACGUUAUGAAUCGAUUGCAAUGAAUACAAAAAUGUAUUUUGGUACAAAUAUACCGCAAAUGUUUGUAUCGGAAUCAUCUGUUUCAUCAUCAUCGUCAACGAUGGAAAAUCAUACAGCAAUGAAUAUGAUCAAUAUGAAUACAACAACCGGAUCAUCAUCAUCAUCGAAAAAAACUUCCAUUUGAAAUUUGUAUUUUUUGUAUUUUCAUUAUCGAAUAAAAU